CUUCUCUGAUCCGACAAGCACGAGUUGCCCGCACGACAAUCACCAUGGCCCCACGCUCGUACUCCAAGACCUACAAGGUCCCACGUCGUCCCUUCGAGGCCGCUCGUCUUGACUCCGAAUUGAAGAUCGUCGGAGAAUACGGUCUGCGCAACAAGCGUGAGGUGUGGCGUGUCCAGCUCACCCUCUCCAAGAUUCGUCGUGCUGCCCGUCAGCUUCUUACCCUCGACGAGAAGGACCCAAAGCGUCUCUUCGAAGGAAAUGCCCUCAUUCGUCGUCUGGUUCGUGUCGGUGUGCUCGAUGAGUCCCGCAUGAAGCUCGAUUACGUCUUGGCCCUCAAGGUUGAGGAUUUCUUGGAGCGUCGUCUUCAGACUUGCGUCUACAAGCUUGGUCUCGCCAAGUCCAUCCACCACGCUCGUGUCCUGAUCCGUCAGCGUCACAUCCGUGUCGGCAAGCAGAUUGUGAACGUCCCAUCAUUCAUCGUCCGUCUCGACUCCCAGAAGCACAUUGACUUCUCGCUCACCUCGCCAUUCGGUGGUGGCCGCCCAGGACGUGUCAGGAGAAAGAAGGCCAAGGCUGCUGAGAGCAAGGGCGACGAGGACGCCGGCGAGGAGGAGGAGGAGUAAACUACUCGCUCACCACAGUCGGGUCACCAAAAUUUCACGAUACCAAUGGGAAUGCAUGGGCAAGGACGGCGUUCAUACAGUGCUGGGGCUAAAGCACGCGCGGCACUCAGAUACCUGCGACUGUUCCAAUGAAACUGCUAAGUUCACGAUUCCCGGCUUAGCUGUCCUUUCCAAUCUCACCUUAGCUAUUGAUCAUGACCAACGUGCGUGGCAUUGUAUUCGAACAGGCAUCGGAGAAUGCCGCGAUCUGUUGAAGACUGAUGACAUAUCCUCAAUCUACCACCCCCUCUGGCAGAAAUGCGACGUAGUCUACUGGUGCAGGCUCAAUUCCAUCGGGCUGCCCCACGACCUUCAGGACGUCACCCUUGUUCACC